AAAUUCAGGUUAAUUACAGUAAUAUGUGUGUGGGGGGGUGGUGACAGCUGUGUACUGUAACGCUACUUGGGACACCCUGUACUGCUGGCCGGCUACCAGAGCGGGCGACACGGCCAAACAAUCCUGCGCCACAGUCUUCAGUGAUUUACCGGACCUCCUCAACUACCCUGAUGCCGUGGCGUACCGUGAGUGUGAUUUGUCUGGGUCCUGGAUGCGGGGAGGCUGGACCAACUACUCUCAAUGUUUGACUGUCAUCGAUCACCAGGUUGGAUCGUCAGGUGUGGUGGAUGCCGUCAGGUACAUCACCUUCAUCGGCGCCCUCCUCUCUCUCCUCACCCUCACUAUCACCAUCUUCAUCUUCACGUACUACAGGUCGCUGGAGUGUGACCGCCUGAGGGUACACAGGAACCUGGUGGUUGCCCUCAUUGUUCGCUUCCUAGUGAUGCUCGUCCUGACAGAGCCCUUCGUGUCCCGUCGUCAAACACACACCUACCGUGAUGUGGACUGGCUGUGUAAGACGCUGUUGGCCCUCAGGAUGUACGCCCAGAUGGCCUCUAUCAACUGGAUGUUCGUGGAGGGCCUCUUCCUACACUCCAGACUUACCUCCAACGUCUUCGACUCUGGGGCGCCCUUUACUCUCUACUAUUUCAUUGGCUGGGGGGCGCCACUUGUAUUCAUCCUGGCUUGGGCUACUACCAUGUCUCUACACUACCCUGUCCACUGUUGGCGCGCGUAUGGUUCCCUAAGCUACGUGUGGAUCCUGGUAGCUCCUAUGGUCACGGCUCUAAUGAUGAACUUGUUGUUCCUGAUCAAUAUUAUCCGGAUCUUGGUGACCAAACUGCGGGCGUCUGACACUCCACACGUUAGCCUCGUCCGCGGCCACAAGAGACAGCACCAACAGGAGAUGAACCAACAUGGAGACACGUUAACCCAGCACACGUAUAUCGGACGGUCAAAACAUCAACCCGCAGACAACACUCAACAUGAAAAUGGCCACAGUUAUGACUUAGGUGAUUCUUGUUGCGUGGAAAUGAAUUCUAGCUUGAAGCAGGAGAGCUGUGCCAGUACCCACAGCCGAGAGAGCAGCCCACUCCUACACUCCCACAACCAGGACACCUUACUCCAGCAGCAGCAGGAUCACCCACAGCCACCCGCCGCCCGCCGACACACCAACAGCCUCCAACACUACUCCUCCGUGGGCUACGCAACAAAUCGACCUGAAUUCAAUAUCAGGAAGGCCAUCAGGGCGACUGUGGUGUUGUUCCCGCUGCUCGGCAUCACCAACCUCUUGUUCGCCGUCAACCCUGGCGACAAGGGUGACCUGGAGGGCGCCUACAUGCUGACUAACGCCCUUCUUCAGUCCUCCCAGGGUGUGUUUGUGUCGGUGCUCUACUGCUUCAUCAACAGCGAGGUGCAGGAGGUGUUGCGGAAGCGGUGGCGACAGUACCGCAUGCGACGCCUUGGACAGCCUCCAUGCCCCCGUCCACAACGCAGGAGUGCCAGAUGUACCCUCAUCCUGCAGUCCGCCCUCACCCGCCACCCCACCCCACACCCCGCCCACCCACGCCACCCUGUCCACGCCGUUCUCAACCACGGCCUCGAGACCUCUGGCGUGUGAGGUCAUGCCCCAUCUAUCAACAGUCUGGGGAAUAUCAAGUUCAGUAAAGGUCAUAUAUCACUCAACCGUGACCUGAAAACCUCCCUGUGUAGUCAUCUCCCUGAACAACAGCUUCAGUUAUUUUUUGUUAUCUCCUAACCUGUGUGUGUGUGUGUGUAAUAAUAAUAAUAAUAAUAAUAAUAGUAAU